AGAGAGAGUUUCUAGGUCAGUUCUAGGCAGAAGCACAAGGAAGGAAGGACUGCCAUGUUACAUCAAAAUAUGUAAUGGCAAAUACCUUCUUUAUUUAUUUGGAAGUAAUGGAGAGUAAUUUCUGGAUAACUGAGACCACCAGUUCCAGAAGCUCAGCUGGAAUUUGUAGAUCUGUGCCUUCAUGCUUCUGGGUGUCCUAACAUGUAGUAUGUGUUUGUGUCCCUGUGUGUAAGGAAUCUACACUGAUACAAUUACUCUGUGUAACGGGAGGUUCUCACCCUGCUGAGUGCUGGUUCUGGGCUAGUCCACUAUCUCUUCCCCAGUCUUUGUUCUCAAGUAUGUUUGGUGCUGCACUGCUGUCUGUCACGUCCUGGUGUAGUUGGUCCAGCCACCUCCUUCCUCGUUCUGCCCAAACUCCUGCCACAGAGCAGUGUCCAUGCACAGGUAUUGUGGUGACCUCAGCUCUGUACUACACGUUUCUGACAGGGAGACUGCAGAAAUCAGAAAGAAGGACAAGUCCACCAUAUUGAGAAGUAUGAUCUUUCCUUCAGAGGCAUCCAGUGGCAUCAUUUUUCCACUUAUUCUUCCGAGUCAGUGCGAUAGUUGUCUAUCUGCUCUGUGAGCUCUUAACUAGCAGCUUUAUUGCCUGCAUGGUGACAAUUAUCCUCCUCUUGUCCUGUGACUUUUGGGCUGUAAAGAAUGUCACAGGGCGACUGAUGGUUGGCCUUCGCUGGUGGAACCAGGUGGAUGAUGAUGGUAGAAGUCACUGGGUAUUUGAAGCCAGGAAGGUAUCGGCGCAAGGGAGUAAAACCUCAUCAGAAGCAGAGUCCCGAAUUUUCUGGUUAGGUCUAAUUACCUGUCCUAUGAUCUGGGUGAUAUUUGCUUUCAGCGCUCUCUUUUCUUUCAAAGUGAAAUGGCUGGCAGUGGUUGUGAUGGGAGUGGUGCUUCAGGGAGCCAACCUUUAUGGUUAUAUCAGGUGUAAAGUUGGCAGUAGAAAGAACUUGACAAGCAUGGCAACCAACUAUCUUGGGAAGCAGUUCUUGCGGCAGACUGUGGCUAAAGAGGAUCAAACAGCAUCCUGAGAGUGGUAGAAGCCUCAAGCCAGACUGGAUUCACAGUAGUGGACAACAGAGAACGUUGCUCUGACCAUGAGAUUUGGGAGCUGCAUACGUGAGGUGUGAAUUAAAAGAAGUAAAUAAAUUGUGCAAGACUUCAGGUUAACACUCCUAGCAACUUAUAUUCGAUUUUCCACUAGCGGUUUGUGUUUCAGUCCUUUCUUUAGUUUGAUUAAUUAAAAUUAAUUUGCCUAAACUUUAAAUUAAAAAAUAUCCUAGGUGGCUCUCAUACAGGUUUAGAACUACUGGAUGAACUAAGAGAAAAUUGCAGGACAUCCUUCUUCAGAAAAGCCAUGCACAAGGUGAGCCUUCCGUUGUCCAAGAACUCCCCCAACUUCUCCAGCAGUUGGUGCCUCAAAUAAUUUCAGUUGUGGCCGUUGCUGUGUUUUGUUCUUGGAGGUCAUUGCUGCUUCUGUUAUGAAGUUUAGAUAGUACUCUUUUGGCUCCGCAUCUCUCAUUCUGUGAUUUGAAUGGUGCUGAGGUGGUUGCAGUGAAGGGCAUCUAAAGGAAAUCUUGCUGUUGGCUUAGUAAGAAGAUCAUUGAAGUCUCGUGAAAACUGCAGAAAGUGACUUCUGAGCAGCUCUGGUCUUUUAUUUAUCUGAAGCAUUCUUGGAGGUCUCAGUAACAUCUUAAGCUCCUGGAUUUAUGGGAAGUCCCGCUUCUACCUGUAGGCCUGCAUCUGUAUGGAGAGUAUAGCAAGGGUAAAACCAGGUUACGAGGAAGGUUGCAGGGACAAUUUCAGAGACAGAGCAAAUCUGAGAGCAGUCAUCGUCUGACUAAUGCUGUUAAAGUGAUGCCAUCUGGCGUCGUGUCGGCGCUGCGCAGUAGUGUGCGUUUGGUGCCACGGGUCUUUUUCUCUGGCCAGGAGGGUGUAGGGUGAUGUGAUCUGCAGUUUCCUCACUAGCCCCUCGGCACAGAGUCGCAGGGAACGGGACCGACAGGGUUUUACAUUUCUUGAAUCCAUGCAGUAUGCUGUCCUCAAGCCGUGCUCCCCAAGGAGUCUGUGGCUGGAAAAAAAGCAUUUUGUAGGAUGGUGAAAUGUUGACUGGCAGUGUUCACUUAGAUGGCAGAAAGUGGUGUGUUUUGUGUGAAAAGCUGUAUGAAAGGGAUCAGUUCUUUCUUGUCAUGUAAUUCUGUUCAAGGCAGAUUGUGCUUUUGCAGCGGCAGAUAUUGUAAACUUUGGAUGAGAUAUUUUAAAUUAAGAAUGUGGUUUCUUUUUGAAUAAUGGGUAUUGUUAAUUGUGGGAUUGCGUUAACAUGAUUUCUCUCCCUGUACUGUAGCAAUACGUGGGAGCUGUACAUUUGUUUAACUCUUUGGAUUGAUACCUUCCUUUUGUAAAUAUGUAUUUAUAAAAUCUUGAAAUUAAAAUGAUGCUUUGUUUAACCAGA